AUGAAUUCGAUGUUCAGUGUCUUCGACGCCAUGUGUGCAGAGAUUAUGGGGAAGAAACUCACCGCUGAUUCCUCUUCUGUCUACCGCCGCUCUGAACGCAACAACGCCGCUGCUUCUCCUUCCGGCGCCGGUCAAACCGCGUCUUCUCUGAAGAAAGACGAAACCAAAGCUCCUGGAGAGAUGGGUUUAGCGGCGAAGCAACCGAGGUGUGCUCUGGAGCUCGACGGGAUCCACUGCUUCGAGACCAUUGUUCGUUCUUGA